AUGGACUCUCUCGACUCUCCUCCAUCCCAUGAUCCGUCACCAAAGCCUGACUCUGUCUCUCGAGGCAGCGAUGGGGUUUCGACCCCAUCCUCUCACCAGCCUCUCAGUGCAUUUCUCUCGCCACUCAUCCGAACCCCUUUGGGUGCUAGGGUCGUCAGGCUUUUCACCUCCGCAGUCGGUCUCCUCUAUCCACCACAUCUUCAACAGGCCGAACUUCUCCCAACCUCUUCAGAGGUCCAUUCAAAUCCAUCAGCAGCGGCAGAGCUUCCCAACGAAAUAUGGCUUCACUGUUUCUUGUUCAUGACUCUCAAGGCCCUCAUCGCAUCACGGGGCGUCUGCAAAACUUGGCGUCAACUCGUCCCGCUUGCCGAUCUCGACCCCAUCCGCCGUCGGCUCCUCGAUCUCUACGACACCGUCAUAAAUUCGCCCCACUUCUACGAGUCCCGCCCCUGGACCGUAGCCCACCUGGAGCCCUUCGACCGCGAGGCAUAUAUCGCCGCCCUCGAGUCGCAGUACCCCGCCAUCCCACCCGAAUAUCGGUUAUUUAUCCUCGAAUGGCCUGAACGCGCUGCCAUCCGCUCCAUCUGGCCAGGGCUACCCCUCCUGAACUGCAAGACGAACAACGUCCAGCGCGCGCGGGGGACCAACUUCAUCGCACGGCAGCCUCCCCAGCUCUCCGCUCUCGUCUUCAAGGACGGCUACCCCGGCGUCGAGUUCGUGCCUGCACUCCUCGUCUGGCGGCGCUGGGACAGCACUACGUGGCUUGUGUUCGACGAGCGCCACCCCGAGCUUUUUGGCCGGGUGUUCGUGCUCCUAUACCCUUCCGACACAGACAUUAUUCCGUAUUGGGACUACGGCGAGGAGGAUAGGGUUGACUAUGGCGUGUUAGAGCCUGGGGGAGCAUAUGGGGAUUUUCUCGUCCGGGAGGACUGGCUGGCGUUUCUCAGAUGGAAAUGGGAGGAUUCUGGAGGCGCCCACCGCACAUUGCCGCCGUUCAGUGUCGCGGAGCCGUAUGAUGACGUUGCUGUUGAGCUGCGAGAUGAUCUUUUCAUGGAUAGGAGCCAGUAUGGGGUUUAUCAAGACGUCCCUGCUCCACCUUGGGUCAGACGAGAAGAGCCACGAUUUUUGCGGUGUUUGAGAAAGGAUUAA